CGAAGCGGCGAAGCCGUUUGGAGUUGGGCGGGCAGGACGGGCAAGCACCGUUCGGGCAGCACUCCAAAACACUGACACGCCCAAAAAGAACACAUAAUAAUCUCUCUGCGCUCAGUAGAGAGAGAAAAAUGCAGAGCUCUCGCAGGCCAGCUAGAGAGAGUAAAAGGCAGUACAAAUGUGAAAAGUUUCACUGAGAUUUUAAAAAAAAUUGAAAAAAGGGGGAUUUUUUAUUUUUCUGCAGCUCUGGAACCCAAAAGAAGGAAAAAGAUUGAAUCUUUAUUUUAUUUUUUUGGUUUGGUGGUGUUUGAGAUCGGGUGGUUCUUUAGAGCAUAGCAUUCUGGUGGGUUCUGGGUAAAUGGGUGUUGUUUUUCUUGGAUCUAAGAUAGGUUUUUGGUAGUUUUGUUGAAUGAGAGUGUGUGGGUGUGUGAGUGUAUAUAUAUGCCUGGAAAAUCUGUAUGUAUAGGUGAUGAAGGGUGUGAAUACAGAGGCAUUGGUAUCACUGGUGGUGUGGCUGAUCCUGGUGGUUCAUCCAUUCAGCCUUAUUCUUGCUAACUUGGAAGGUGAUGCUUUGCAUAGCCUAAGGGCCAACUUGGAAGAUCCUAACAAUGUGUUGCAAAGUUGGGACCCUACCCUUGUCAAUCCCUGCACAUGGUUCCAUGUUACUUGCAACAAUGAUAAUAGUGUUAUACGAGUUGAUCUUGGAAAUGCUGCUUUGUCUGGCCAAUUAGUCCCGCAGAUUGGUUUGCUGAAGAAUUUGCAGUACUUGGAGCUUUACAGCAAUAACAUAACCGGGCCAAUUCCCAAUGAUAUUGGAAACCUGACUAAUCUCGUGAGCUUGGAUCUCUACUUGAACAGCUUUACAGGUCCCAUCCCGGAUUCCUUGGGCAAGCUUUCGAAACUGCGCUUCCUUCGGCUCAACAACAACAGCUUGACAGGUUCCAUUCCCCUGCCACUAACUAAUAUAACGACUCUACAAGUGUUGGAUCUUUCAAACAAUCGUCUCUCGGGCGUGGUUCCAGAUAAUGGUUCAUUUUCCUUGUUUACGCCUAUCAGCUUUGCCAAUAACUUGGAUCUUUGUGGCCCCGUCACUGGACAUCCUUGUCCCGGAUCGCCACCAUUUUCUCCACCCCCGCCAUUUGUUCCACAGCCAACCAUUGCUGCUCCAGGUGGAAACAGUGCAACUGGAGCAAUUGCGGGAGGAGUAGCUGCAGGUGCUGCUUUACUGUUUGCUGCCCCGGCCAUUGCAUUUGCGUGGUGGCGUCGCAGAAAACCACCGGAGUUUUUCUUCGAUGUUCCAGCUGAAGAGGAUCCCGAAGUUCACUUGGGGCAGCUUAAGAGGUUCUCUCUCCGAGAGCUACAGGUUGCAACAGACAGUUUCAGCAACAAAAACAUCCUGGGCAGAGGUGGAUUUGGCAAGGUAUACAAGGGACGCCUUGCAGAUGGGUCGUUGGUGGCUGUAAAACGACUAAAAGAGGAGCGUACGCCUGGUGGAGAGCUACAAUUCCAAACCGAAGUAGAGAUGAUUAGCAUGGCAGUGCAUAGAAAUCUCCUUCGGUUGCGUGGCUUUUGCAUGACGCCAACCGAACGACUCCUAGUCUACCCCUAUAUGGCCAAUGGAAGUGUCGCGUCAUGCUUGAGAGAACGACAACCAUCUGAACUGCCACUUGACUGGCCUACACGAAAGCGCAUUGCUUUGGGCUCAGCAAGGGGACUAUCUUACUUGCACGAUCAUUGCGAUCCAAAGAUCAUCCACCGUGACGUGAAAGCUGCCAACAUACUGUUAGACGAAGGGUUCGAGGCUGUUGUUGGGGACUUCGGUUUAGCCAAACUCAUGGAUUACAAAGACACUCACGUCACCACAGCUGUCCGUGGCACAAUCGGGCACAUAGCCCCAGAGUACCUAUCCACCGGGAAAUCUUCAGAAAAAACCGACGUCUUUGGGUAUGGGAUCAUGCUUUUAGAGCUUAUCACAGGACAAAGAGCCUUUGAUCUCGCUCGUCUUGCAAACGAUGAUGAUGUCAUGUUGCUCGAUUGGGUGAAAGGACUUUUAAAAGAGAAGAAACUGGAAAUGCUGGUGGACCCAGACCUCGAGAACAAUUAUGUGGAUAACGAGGUGGAGCAAUUGAUCCAAGUGGCGUUGCUAUGCACGCAGAGCAACCCGAUGGAUCGUCCCAAGAUGUCGGAGGUGGUGAGGAUGCUGGAAGGCGACGGGUUGGCCGAGAAAUGGGAUGAGUGGCAGAAGGUGGAAGUUCUGAGGCAGGAAGUUGAUCUUGCAGCUCCUCAUUCUACAUCAGAUUGGAUUGUAGACUCCACAGAAAAUUUACAUGCGGUUGAACUGUCUGGUCCUAGGUGACCUUUGAUCUUAAAGUAUGAAAAGGUUGUUAGGCCCUGUGACCCUGUUUUUUGGGGGCUGCAUUGGUGAUGACAUUUUCUUCAAUGGUCAUCUAUAAGUUUAAUAUAAUUAAUGUUUUUUCAACUCUCGAGUGCAAUUGCUUGAUUCUUUUCCUAAUACUUGAUUCUUAAUGGUUGGUUCAUUCCAA